UGUGUUCCACCAAAGACUUGGACUCCAGUGAGACCAUCCCUGGUGGGCAUGGGGCAGGUGAGCAAGCCUCUCUCUCCCUGCUCACAGAGGCCAAUGGCUGCUGCUCAGGUAGCUCUGCCAGUGUCCGAGGACAAAGAGAUGUUAGAGUCCGAGCAGAUGGUGGUGGCACAGACAGCAAACCUGUGGUACGCUACAGCAAGGACCAGCGUCCCACAACUCUGCCCAUCCAGCCCUUUGUUUUCCAGCACCAUUUCAACAAGCCACCCAAGGCACGUACCCUGCACCGCCAUUUUGCCUCUAGCCUUUCUGAUGGCUGCAUUAAAAACCCUGCCCCUGAGACAACGCAGCCGCCCCCCUUGGGGAGCUACCCUCCUGUGCGAUGCAACCUGCCUUUCUUCCAGAGUGUGGACUCCUCUUCCUCGCCCACUGCAGAGAGAGCUGGAGAGAGCCAGCCUCCCAGGAGCAGGUCCUGUCCCGUCUCUGCCAGCUUGCUUCCCACGAGGUCUUCCCCAGCUGCCAGUGCCAGGCAGUCUGCCAAAGCCACCAAAGGUGAUGCCCUGAGGCAAAAGGAGAAGCCUAAGCCAGUUCCCAAGAAGGAGGUACCACUGGAGCCAAGUCUGCCACUCUCUGAGUACCGACUCCACAGCGGAUCCCUCCUGCCCCUCUCAGCAGGUGGUGCACCCAUGAGCAGAGGGGGAGGCCCUGCAGAGCCCCACUGGAGGAGUGGCAGCGACACCAGCAGCUCUAGUUCCCUGAGCAGCAUGGGCAUACGGCCCCUCAAUGCAAACCACCUAUCCCCUCAAGUGCUGAAGUGGCGGGAGUGCAGGCAGAGGACCCCCUUGGGCCUGGACCAUGUUUCUGGGCUGCCUGGCUUAGCAGGCAGCCUAGACAAGAGGAAGCAGGAGUCCCAGCUGAACCGGGGGGACCCCAUCUUUGAGGUCCCUCUCAACAUCAGCCAAUUCCACUGCAGGCUGAACGGACAGUCCAUGAGGCAACUCCAGCUUACCUACCCUGACUUCUUCCCAGACUACUUCUCGCUAGCAGAAAAGCCCCCUGCUGAGUUCUGCCUCUCGCCAGAUGGCAACACAGAGUCAAUCUCCAUCGACUUGCUGCAGAAGAAGGGUCUGGUGAAGGCAAUCAACACUGCCAUUGACCUGAUUGUGGCUUACUUUGGAACCAGCAGAGAUCCAGGGGUGAAGGCCAAGCUUGGGAACAGCUCUGUGAGCCCCAAUGUGGGGCAUCUCAUCUUGAAAUAUCUGUGCCCUGCUGUCCGGGAUAUCCUGAGUGAUGGGCUCAAGGCUUAUGUCCUGGAUAUGAUCAUUGGCCAGAGGAGGAACAUCCCCUGGAGUGUGGUGGAGGCAUCCACUCAGCUGGGCCCCUCCACCAAGUUGCUGCACAGCCUCUACAGCAAGAUCAGCCAGUACACGGAGCUGACCAACCACACCAUGAGGUUCAAUGCAUUCAUCUUUGGCCUUCUCAACAUCCGGUCCUUGGAGUUCUGGUUCAACCACCUCUACAACCAUGAAGAUAUCAUCCUGGCACACUACCAGCCAGUGGGCUUCUUGUGCCUGUCUCACAGUGUGUGUCAGCCCCUUUUCGAGGAGCUUCUGCUACUGCUCCAGCCUCUCUCUCUGCUGCCCUUCAACCUAGACCUCCUUUUUGAGCACCACCUGAUGCAGAUGGGCAAGGAACAGCAACAGCAAAAGGAGCUGCUGCGUGUGAAACAGGACCUGCUGCUUUCUGCACACUCCACCCUGCAGCUGAUGCGGACACGAGGCAGCAGUGAGGAUCCUGACGGCUGCAGCACUGCUCCCGAGGCGUGUAAAGCAGGUGCCACAGAUGGGGACCUGUCACCAGGCCACAGCCCUGACCAAGUUGCAAGGGAGAGAGUCAAGGGGGUGGGGGCCUCCUGUGGAAAUGGCGACAGGGAGGAAGAGAGGACGGUGGGAGACAGCACCUGGGAGGGGAAGAAAGACAAGCAGGCAGGCUGGUGGUACCAGCUCAUGCAGAGCUCCCAGAUUUACAUUGAGGGCUCAGCCGAAGGCGCCAAGCUUGUUUGCUACGAAAAGAAGAAGGCUUUGAGUGCUGUGCCCAGGUCAACUGAGACUCACAAGCCACCACCCCGUGCAGGGGCGGUGGAGGGCUGCCCCGUUGCGGAGGGCACUUUGGAGGAGAGGCCUAAGGCUGCCAGCAGGCCAAGCCCCGAGGCUCUGGUAGAGCCCCCGAAAAAGCCCCAUCAAGCACCAGACAGUGAAGAGGCCAAGGAACGAAGCUGGCCCUUCUGGAUGGGCAGCCCCCCAGAUUCGGUGCUUACAGAGCUGAAGCGCAGCAAGGAGAAGGAGGCUGGGAUUCAGCAAAGACUGGAGGCAGCAGCAGCAGCAGCCCCUUGGGAGCAGAGCAGCACCAAUGCAUCGGGAGGCAGCCAGCCCAUCAAGUGGGGACACUUGUUUGGGUCCAGGAAGGUGCAAAAAGAGCCCAGACAGCCCAACAGUGAAGUGAAAGCUCUUUGCCAUCACAUUGCCACUGAGGCAGGACAGCUGAGCUUCAACAAAGGGGACAUCCUGCAGGUCGUUUCCAAGGUGGACGGUGACUGGCUGCAGUGCAGCCUCGACUCUGAGAGGCUCUGGCAGUGCUAG